CCAAUCUUUGUUAUGCAAUUUUGAACAUUUCUAAUGUUAUUUGAUAGGGGAGUGUGUUCACUGCGUUCCCCGCUACAAUAUAUAUGUUGACCUUCAUUGAAUUAGCGACCAUCAAUCCUCCUCUGAAGGUCACAGUUUGCUUUCCUCAACACCGACAGUUCGAAUUUCGUUUCCUAUCCCACCAUAAAGAAUCAUCCUCAAAUUCCUCUCCGAUCGGAGACGGCGACGCCUUGUCACGCCUCAUCCUGCCUCUGUUACCAAGCCCUCCUCUGCCUCCCUCUGUUCCCUUGAGAACUGUUUGCAUCUUUUGAAGUUGGUCAACAAGGUCAAGGCAGCAAACUAGCUCCUGUAGAUAAUGCAACAAAGUGAAGGGAAGAGAAUGGAAUGGUGGAGUGGUGGUCGGCCGACGGUGGUAGUUGCGUCAGCAAUGAAAUAGCAAAUUACAGUGACAAUGAGACUUGAGGAAGAGCUUUAUAAUCUCUCAUAAAUGUGAUAGGUUCUGAGUGUAUUUUUAUUUUUUAAUGUAUUCUCCAUGUACUCGAAUUAAUCUUGUAAUGUAUUUUCAUAUAUUUUAUGAAUAAUGCAUUUACAUCUUAAUUAAUAAAAUUUUAAUAUUCUUAUUUUUAAAUAAA